UAAAGACGGCAGACGAGAAUGCAUCUUUUAGGUGUUUUCUGCCUUAGUCCGAGUUUCUGAAGAGUUUGCUUGAUUCGGUAGAUUCGCAGAACAGUGGUAGAUAUAACGAAUUUCCAUGUGCCUGCUGCUACGUCUGAACGGGCCUUCGUAGUCUGUCGCGUUUUUUCGUUAGGAGUAAUGCAAGUGGAUAGAUUUCUGUGCCAGUGUUGUCACGAGGCAGUUAGUCGUACGAGAUCCCGAUAGAAGAAAAGAAGUGAACAACAUACGUCAAAAGGGAUGUGGGCGGACACACACGUCGAAUGACUCUCGUGCACGAGGUGCUGUUUCCAGGCCCUGCGGACACGUCAGAAACUGUCAUUCAGCACCUUGUCUCGGGAUUCGCAGGUGAAGGAGCAUCGCCUUCAUUGCCACGAAGGGGCGGACGGAUCGCCGAAGACAAAGCCGACGUCGGUCAUCAGGAGAUGUGCUCUAUACUGGACAGAGCUGAACCACAACGUGCUAGGCGCCAUGAAAAAAAGAGAGAAACCAACACUACGUGUACAGGUCGCCACACGUGCAGGCAUACACACGUAGCUAAGCCAGGGGAGUUCGCAGCCAAUCAUGGAGGUGUUUCUCAGGCUGGAGAAGACAGAUUUCUGCGCGGAAACAAACACAGAGAAUUUUAA